AUGUCGGAGAGCGCUCGACCCUGUCUAGAGCAAUCAAAGUCCCGAGUUUCACGAGUUUCGCCUUUUCAAUUGAGUUGGCUUCAAGACGAUGGGAUAGCUGACACACGUGUUUUGGUAUCCUGCUCUGGACUUGUUCUUAACACAGAUGGUAUCCAAUUCCAAAUGUGCUUCCAGCCACAAAAUCUCUCUGCACACAACGUCUUGAGUUUAGUUGCAAAGGUUGGCAAGGACCCGGGAGAUGUGAUACAAUCACUGAAUGGGAGAGGUGCCUUGGAAGACUUCAAUCACGAGAUACGUUAUGCGUUACGUUCUGGAAAUAGUUUGGUCGUGUGCUGGAAGGAUGAAACGAUGUCCUUUGAGGAGAUUUUCGAGCGAGAAGCAGGUAUCAUGGUUUUGUAA